AUGGAGUACACAAAUGCUAGACAUUCUAAUGGUGCAUGGGUAAAGAUGACCAGUUUGAUAAAGGAUUACCUGACAGUUAAACGUAAUGAUGGUAAAGAGUAUUUACAAAUUAGAUUCACAGAUCAUAGUAAGCGAAAAUCCGUUAUCCAAGCCAUUCACCAAGAUAAAUUCAAGUUAUAUACAAUCUGUGAAGACUCACUUAGUGGUAAAUAUGGACAAUUUAUCGCUCGUAGUCGAAUAUACACGAAUGGGAAAGAAGACUAUUUCUAUGUUUCAGGUUUCUUUAUACUUAAGGAUGAAACGCGUAUACUCUCAAUAGACGAACAUGAGAACUGCUUUAAAUAUGACAAAGAUAUUAUAUUUUUAGAUGAUGAAUUCUGUUGCAAUGAGAUAGUACAUGCAUUUGAUCUGGAAAUGACGUUUUUACAAAACUUCAAUCAUGAAAUUAAAAAAAAAGAUAUGGUUGGACGUGGUAGUACCCCAUUUGACCGUGCAUACAUGAACGUUAGUGUUUUUACCCAAGGUAAUGAUCCUGUGCCACUGGGAGUGAUUUGCCUGCUCGAUACUGGAACCGAUACACCACUUCGAUAUGAAUCGGAAGAGAAAAUCAAGGAAAGAAUAUGGAAGAUGGUGAAUGACAUAACAAAGUUUCAAAAAGUUGACUCUGAGACUAUAAAGACCAUGGAAGAACAUGAUUUCUAUCGAGCGUUUGCAAAGAUACAGAAUAACAUUAAACCACAUGUGAUCAUCGGCCAUAAUUCAAAUGGAUUUGAUAUGCUAUUCAUUAUGCGAAAGUUGGAAUGGCUUGGUAGUACAAUGAUGGAAGAAUUUUAUAGGAUAGCGACUGGUAAACAAAUGACCUAUGGGGAAAUGUUCAAAUAUAAUGUAUUACAAAAUGAAAACAUAACACUUGCCCAGGGUGAAGAUGCGAUAGAAUAUACUUAUAUCAAUAGUUUAAAUUACAUGCUUGAUACUCUAGAGAUCCCUUCCAAGAUCGGGCUGAGUUAUAGACGUAUAGAUGAGAUUGUACUGCUUGCUAUUGAAACAGCCAAGAUUCAAGAUGAAAUAACAAAAUUAAAUAUUGAUUCGAUGGAUUACCAUAACAAGAUCGAAGAACUCAAUUCGAGACAAAGUAAAGUUAUCAAUAAUUUACAUGAAGAAGAAGGGUUGAAAAACUUUGUACAGACAUCUUUGAAUAUUGCUUCUAUGAUUCAUGGGCAGUCCUAUUGA